UGAAUUUUGUUAGCUUGACGUUUGACAUCGCGGCGCAUGGCCAUUGGUGUCCCAAAGGGCCAUGACGCAGUCUGCAAUGCAACUGACAAUUACAAUUCCGGAGGGUGCAGCACCUGGUUCCAUUCUAUCCAUCCCUGUGAAGGGCCGUCCAGAGAAUGUCAAGGCAGUGGUGCCUGAGGGUUAUGGACCUGGAGACGAAUUGGUCUUGAUGCAGUUGGCGGGCACUGAUAAAUGGGUGAAGGAAUCUGUGCUUAAUCAAGCCGAGCAGGAUGCGGCCAAUGCUGUCUUCGGUGAUGUGAUGUCUCCUGAAGCUUUGGUUCCUCCUGGGAUUUCCUUUCCAGAGGAGGCAGAUCUUGGCCCCUUGAUGCCCAGUAGCCCUGUUGCACACACAGUUCGCCUGGAUACCACCAUCGGAAUCAUAGACAUCAUCGUGCGACCGGAUUGGGCGCCCUACGGAGCCCGCCGCUUUCUCCAGCUUGCAUAUUGUGGCGACUUAGAUGGGCUUGCAUUCUACCGUGCUGUCAGAGGAUGCUUGUCCCAGUUUGGUCUUCCAGCCAAGAGGCAGUGGCCUCCUUUGCCGGACGACCCAAAGACCGGUGUGCCCUUUCUGCUUGGAGCAGUGUGUUUUGCUGCAGCGGGGGAGAAUUCACGCAAGUCGACGUUGUUUAUUUGCACCGGGGAUAUGUCACACUGCUUUGGGGGAGAAGCCUGGGAAACGCCAAUUGGAGCUGUUGCUGAAGUUUCCCUGGAUACGUUGGAGCGCAUCGAGACGUGCUAUGGAGACAUUGCUGAAUGCAAUGGGAGUGGUCCUGACACCAGCCGAAUUCAUGCAGAGGGUGAUGCCUACUUGGCGGAGAACUUCCCAAAACUCACUUACAUCAGAACCGCAAAAUGCCUUGACUGGCCUUUGGCACGAGGAGCUUGCCCUGAGGUGCGCUCAGACUUGCCUCCCGGACAAAUGGAGCAAAUGCAAUCUGGGCCUGUGUGGGGCUCUGACCAGACUGCUGAGGUGAGAGGUGCCCCAAGAGCUGUAAGUUCAGGUGUUACAAUAAAUACGACUCCGUGUGCUGCUCAGAUGGCACAAUCACAGCAGGCACACAUUAUGCCUUCCCCAAUGGUUCCUGGGAUGUCAUAUAAGCUUCCUGCUGACAGGUCCUUUGAGCUCCAGGCCCAACAACAAGCACAAAUGCUGAUGGCCGCAGCUGCCGCCCAGCCUGCAGAAGCACCACCUGUGACCACAUCGAGUUCGGUUCAGUUGGUGCCAGCGGGACCUUUCCCAAAUGGGUCUUAUGUGCCUCCACGGAGUGGGUCGUACGUACCGCCUAUUUCCUCCAUUUCCAUGACGCAACCGCCUGUGACACUUAGCAUGCCAGCAAUAGGCCCUCCGCUUGGACAACCUGGUCUUUGCUCACAAUCCGUGAUGGGGCCAUGCGGCUGCACUACAAUGCCACCUGUGCGCCCAAGAAGCUCAAGCUUGCAGGCGCCUCCUGGGCCUCCAGGGCCACAACCUCUUGGGUCGCCCAGUCCUUUGGGCUUCUCUCUGGGCCCGGGGCCGCAACUGGGAUCUCCAUCCCCCUUGGGCCCCUUGGGAUCCAAUGCGGGCGGACCAAACUUUGCAGCUCGGGAUCCAAUGCCCUUCAAUUUCCAAGGGCUGCAAAUGCCACAGUUGCAAAUGCCGACCCUCGGGUCUUUGCUCCCUGGCCCAGCCAUCCCGACUGGUGGCCGCCCAAACAUUGUGCCAGGGAUGUUCGGGCUAGGCUCGCCUGCCUAAGCGGUGCUGGUGUCGCAAUUUGCUUGCAACCCAAAACGGGCUGUGUGAGCCAGCUGUACGGCUAAUGUGGAUGCGAGGACAGCAGGAUAGAUUAAUUAGCUGCAGCGGCAGAA